GGUAAAAAUCGAUAAGACUAGUCGUGCCAAAAAGUGCCAUAUUUAUUACGGAUUAAGCUAAACUAUUACUGUGUAGGUUCUGCUAGUCGAUAUGAACACAAGUUACUUAUAUGCUUUCACAUUCUUCUACAUCUGGUUACUCGGUUGCGGGACCGCUGAGCAUGCGGGGGUUUGCACUAUUCGGAACUUUUUCCAGUACUACUUCACGACUUCCCUUGAAAGUAAACCAUUCGAGGUAGUAGAUUCGCCGACACAGGAGUCAAAAAUCUAUAUCCUAUACGACAUAAAUCCAUCGGAAGGAUUCAACCUACGACGGGACGUGUACAUCAGGUUGGCCGUUUUCCUGAGAAGUUUGCGAAGGUAUCAGGGCUAUGAAAACACCGUACUAGUUUUGCCACCCUGGUCGGCUUUGUAUCACUGGCGAUCGGCCACGGAUCAAAUGCACAUUCCAUGGAGUCACUUUUUCGACCUCGAAUCGAUGCGUCGCUAUACCGAGGUGAUGGAGAUGUAUCAGUUCUUUCAAGAAUACAAAGACAACAGAGGAAAUAAGACUACAACCACGAAGGUACAAGUGGAUGAGUUCUAUCGAUUAAUGCACUUUGAUGAUAUGUUCGAAAACGGGGUGUUCAUCGAUAAGUUUGAGCGGACCGCUUGCCAACGAAGCUCGAUUGCACCAGUGGGCGGAGUGCCGGGAAUAAUGGGCUAUCGAAACAUCACCAUCGACGAGUUGCUUUGCAUGAGGUUUCAGGGUUCCGCUUCACUGCUCUAUAGCAUGUUUGAGAAAUUUAAACCUAAGCAUCCGGGCCCACAACGUGUCAUAAUGCUUUACCAUGCUGAAACGAUUUUGCACGAUUUUUGGGGCAACGUGGACUACUGGGAGGCCCGCCGUUCGUUGCGUUUCAACGGAAAACUAGUAGAAGUGGCGAAUCAAUUUCGGGCGGACUAUUUUAACUCUACAAACGAGGUGGAUCGGGUACAGCGCCCUGCUUCCUGGACCGACGAAAAACCCUACCGUAAAGCCAGGGGCGGCGAGUAUCUGUGUGCCCAUUUGCGCCGCGCAGAUUUCCUGCAUGGGCGGGAGAAAACUACCCCAACGCUGCGUUCGGCUGCCUUGCAGAUAAAGCGUCGUCUGCUGGAGUUGGGUCUGCGAAAAGUGUUCAUUGCUUCCGAUUGCCACCGGUCGGAGUUUCACGACUUGAAGAUCUUAUUGAAACGGUUCAAAGUGGUUCGCUACAGUCCGGAAAGCAAGCAGCAGCUGGAUUGGUUGAAGGAUGGCGGCGUUGCCAUCCUGGAUCAGAUCAUUUGCUCGCAUGCGCGCUACUUCAUCGGGACGUACGAAUCGACGUUUACCUAUCGGAUCUACGAGGAACGGGAGAUUUUGGGCUUCCCGAAGGAUUUGACGUUCAAUACCUUCUGCAAGGACGAGGAAGCCGUUGAUUGCGAGAAGAAUUCUGUUUGGCCUAUUCAGUAUGAUUGAAGUGUGGAUAAAAACUAACUGAAAAAAAACACUAACUUUUAGAACUUCUGGUUAUUCUGAAUUUUAGCGCUAACUGUUUUUUACUUUUUACGAGAUUGUGAUAUAAUUUUUUAG